AUGAGCGCAGAAGUAUCGAAUUCAUCUGACACAGUCGUAAUGGAAGUGAUGGGUACGAAGAAAGCUCCUGAUGAGAUUGAACCAACUGCAGAGGAGCUCAAUACUUUAGAACGUAUUUCUGACCGGAUUCCACCAGCGGCAUGGAUGAUUGUUGUAUGCGAAUUUUGUGAACGUUUUGCAUUUUACGGUAUGUCAGGACCGUUUCAAAAUUAUAUUCAGUUUCCUGUGCCUGGUCCCAAUGAUAAACAACCAGGAGCAUUGGGUCGCGGUCAACGCGUGGCAACGUCGUUAACAACAUUCUUUCAAUUCUUCUGUUACCUGACACCCAUUGCUGGUGCGAUUGUUGCUGAUCAGUUCUGGGGCAAAUACAAAACGAUAUUUGUAGCAUGCAUUGUCUAUAUAAUUGGUCUUAUGAUACUUGUGUCAACGAGUAUCCCACCUUCAAUUCAAAGUGGUUUGGCAUUACCGGGUCUAAUCGUUGCGAUGAUUGUCAUAGGUGUUGGUACAGGUGGUGUAAAAAGUAAUGUUAGUCCGCUAAUGGCUGAUCAAUAUACAAGAAAAACGCCGAUAGUUAAAGAAAUCAAUGGUAAAAAGAAGAUCAUUGACCCAAAGAUAACUAUGCAAUCCUUAUUCAAUUGGUUCUAUUGGGGUAUUAAUUUGGGUGCACUAUCAGCAAUUUUGACAACUACUAUUGAAAAACAUCAUUCAUUUUGGUUAGCAUAUCUGAUUCCACUGAUUGUAUUCAUUGGUACGAUUCUCAUUCUAUUUAUGGGUCGUCAUAAAUAUAUUCGAGGAUCACCAACUGGUUCGUUGCUUAUUCGAGCGUUUCAUGUCAUCAGAGCAGCGCUUAGGGUACGUUGGAAACUAGGACGGCAGGAACGCAUAAAACAUUUCCUAGACUAUGCAAAAGAAGAAGCGGAUACUAAAACAGAUCAAUUUAUUGAUGACUUAAAACAAGCAAUUCAUGUCUGCCGAGUAUUUGCUUUCUAUCCAUUUUAUACAGUAUGUUAUAAUCAAUUGAUGGGCAACUUAGUAUCUCAAGCAGCACAAAUGAAUGUUGGCUCUUUACCCAAUGACAUCCUACAAAAUAUUGACCCGCUGGUACUAAUUAUCUUCAUACCAUUGUUCGAUAAAGUUAUUUAUCCUCUAUUACGACGAUGUCAUAUCAAUUUCAAAUCUAUCAUACGUAUCACGUGUGGAUUUCUACUUGCAUCUGCAUCCAUGGCAUGGACAGCUUUUGUACAACACCUAAUUUAUUCGACUGGACCUAAUUACUCCUUUACUCAAACACCUUGUCCAACCUGUCAAAAAUACAAUAACAUUAGUGUCGUUUGGCAAAUUCCAUCCUAUUUUCUCAUUGCUAUCUCGGAAAUAUUUGCACAGAUCACUGGUCUCGAGUAUGCAUAUACUCAUGCGCCGACAUCGAUGAAAUCAAUCGUACUGUCAAUGUUUCUACUGACAACAGCCAUUGGUAGUGCAUUGAAUUUUGCGCUUGUGCCCGUUACAGUCAAUCCCAAACUAGUAUGGAUGUACGCAUCGUUAUCAAUCGUUUCAUUCCUCGUCGGUAUUGUGUUUUAUAUUGUAUUUCGUAACGAAGAUCCUCAGAUUGAACCAACAACAGCAGAAUAA